AUGGUUGUACUUGAUUUAAAUACUGGUAAAGCAGCUGAACAUCCAUCAAAAAUCAAUAGAACAAACAGUAAAAUUUCAAAAGAUCAAAAAUCAACUGGUAUAAAAAUCAAUUGGAUUUAUGAUAUAAAAGAAUUAGUUUCUGAAAAAAUUGGAGAACCAGAAGAUGAAGUUGAAAAUGUUGAAGAUAGAGGUCAAUAUUUUAAUAGACCUGAAGGUGCAGUUGGUGUCUUAGUUCAAUCUGGUAAAGAACCUGCUACUUUUGCUGGUUGGUAUGGUGAAACUCAUAAUGGUGAUUAUAAUUUAUUUGGUGAACAACCUGAAGGAACUCAACAAAUUUAUUAUUUAGCUGAUGCCAGAACAAUCUUUGUUGGAUUGUUUUAA